AUAUACGUGUUUUUCUAUGGUCUCCAUUAGGCUUUUUCAGAAAAUGAUCAGUGAAUCAAAAAUAGGAAUUAAGCUAGCUAGCUACCGUUAGGUAGCUAGCUAGUGUAGCGAACGUGAUACUCUACUACUGGUUGUAAGGAUACCUUAAAACGUCCUGCCAUCUCAUUGGAAUGAUUUACAAAAAAAAUAAGAAAAGUGUUUCUGCUGAAAAGAAGAACAAAAUGAAAACAAGAAUCGCUUGUACAUGGCACCUUGCCCAGUUUUAAUGUUUAUUUAGCUACUUAGCUAGCUAGCUAUAUCGAUAGCUUGUUUGCCACACGUUUCACAAUGAGGACAGCGAGUACGAAAGACUGCGCCUGCGAAGAGGCCCUAUUCUGUGUCCCCGAGCGCGCACUCAUUCGCGUUUCAGAAGGCUGAGGCUGACAUGGAGUACAUGGAGCAACGACUGAAGCUGGACUACCUAACUAAUGCUCCAGAGAAUGAUGCCCGAGAGGAAAACCCUGUGAAGCUGCUGGAGAACCUGUCUGCCAUCAAGGCAAGGCAUGCGGCCCUAUGCACACAAGUGCAGGAGAUUGCUGCUGAGCAGAAACAGUCCAUGGACUCCAUUCGAGCACACCUAGACACUACCGUACAGCUGGUGCAACAAUUACAACAGACUGCUGACAUAGAGGUUCCACCACUGACUGAGACAGAGCAAGAGUCUGCAGAUUCUCUUGGUUUAUCAGUAAAUCUAAACACAGCAGAGGUACCGACGUCUGUACAGCCACCAGCUCAAGAGCAGCCUCGGUGCUCCAGGGGGGGAGAGUUUGAGGAACUGAGUGAAGCCACACUGGAGGAGGUGCCACGCAGCGUGCGAUCCAGCGUCACGCUGGUGGACCUCAACGCCUUCUACAGGCAGCUGCACGAGCACUUCUCCCUCAGAAAACACUGUGGUGCCCUUAGUUUGCAGAAGAUGAAGCAGAUGAACAUGAAGGUUAGCGAGGCCAAGCUGAAGACGUUGCAGCACCUAUCUCUCAUAGAGCUGGACAAGAAAGGGCAUGUACGCCUGCUAAUAUAAGACUGUGGGACCACAAAUAAGACUUUUGAUAUUGGACACCUGAAUCAGUAUGUGAUGAAAGUGACCGAUUUUGCCCAUUCCUCCUAGCUAGCCUCAAUAAUUAACACCACAGAAUCUUCUGUGAGAAGGAAUUAAUGUCAGAAGCAGGAUUUUCAGAUGGAAUCCUGUCACCAAAAACAAUACUGGAUAGCAGUUGGGGCGUAUUGUAAAUGAAUGAUGUACUAUAUUUGCUGUGUAGAGUUAAGUGAUUUGGCUAGAGCUUGUGCUUUUAACCUGUAAAUAUGUGAUAUGUCACAUUUAAUGUGACAUAUUAACCUGUAAUAUCUGAAAUCCACUGAUUACUUUCCAACUGUUUAUAGCCUAACGCAGAUUUUGUAAUGCAAAAGUAUAUGAUUUUUUUUUUAAAUUAAAUGUCAAUAUUCCCUCUA